AUGCCCUACCAACUCUGCAUCCUAGGCUGCGGCACGAUGGGCGUCGCCAUCCUGUCCGGCGUGCUCGACAACCUCUCGUUCCCGAACGCCGCCCACGAUCAGCAUGCCCACAACGCCGGCGAGACCGCACCUUCUACCCCAAUGGGCAGUCUGAUCCUCGAUCCGAGUAAUCCGGAUUCGUUGCCUGAUCGGUGGGUGCGCCCUUUUCAGUUGGGGUGUGUUGGGGAGUCAUGUACUGGGCGCUGACUGCCCGUCCGCCGACGCAGCUUCAUCGCGACGGUCAACCGCUCCGAAUCGGCCAAGAAACUUCGCCGCACCUUCCGCGACCACGGUCCGCUCGGUUCGACCGUCCAAGUCGUUCAGUCCGACGACAACAUCACCAGCGUCGCUUCCUCCUCCGUCAUCCUCCUCUGCUGCAAACCCCAAAUGGCCUGUUCGCUCCUCCAAGCUCCCGGCAUGUACGAGGCUUUGCAGGGCAAGCUGUUGAUUUCCAUUCUGGCCGGUACGACCAUAAGUCAAUAUAGGGAAUGGGUGCCCAAGAGUUGUACGGUCGUGAGGGCGAUGCCGAAUACGCCUUCCAAAGUGAGCCCCUUUUUGCGGCCGGGCCGUGAUCGAGCCUUGCUCUUGAUCGAACAAAGCUGAUCACCGCGCGGGCAGAUCCGAGAAGGCAUGACCGUCCUCUCAUCCCUAUCCCCAUCCGAUCCUGAAACGCCCAAGAACCGGGACAUCCUCCUCGCGUUGUUCACCCCUUUGGGCAGGUGUCGUUUCAUGGAUGAAAAGGUACUUUACAUUCCCAACGCCGCUCUCUUCUCUCUCUCUCUCUCCUCCAAUUAACUCACUCCCUCCCUCUCCUCCCUCGUACAAACACGGACACCAGCACUUUGACGCGGUGACGGCCGUGUGUGGAUCCGGACCCGCGUUCGUAUGUCUCGUCCUCGAAGCGAUCGCCGAUGGUGGAGUGAUGAUGGGUUUGCCGAGGAGCGAAGCGUUGGAAUUGGCUGCUCAAAGUACGUCCGAAGUCACAUGCGAUGGGGGGGACGAAGUUCGAAAAGUGACCCCAACGCCUCGCCUUUGCACUGAUUUCGUUCUCGCGUACGUAUCGUAGCUAUGCAAGGUGCGGCACGUAUGGUGCUCCAAACGGGGAUGCAUCCCGCCGCGCUCAAAGAUUCCGUCACUAGUACGCGCAUCAUCAUCUUUUUUCACCUCUUCCCCUUUUCAAAAGCCUCUCUUUGACCAAACCCCCCUCCCCCUCCCCCAUGUUGUUUCUUCCACUCGCCAGCUCCAGGCGGAUGCACGAUCGCGGGCCUUCUAGCUCUCGAAGAUGGACGCGUUAGGUCCACGGUAGCGAGGUGUAUUCAAGCGACUGCUUUACACGCCGCGGGCUUGGGGCAGAGUGGGGUCAACAAGUAA